AUGAAAACUACACUCCGUCCCUGGCCAAUCCCUGGAUUACCUUUGUCACAUCUUCAUAUUGACUUUGCUGGAGCCAUCAAGGAGCAGUAUUAUUUUAGCCUCUUCAUUUUCUGUUGUUUGUUCAUAUCUAUCUAUCUAUUGUUUGUUCAUGCCUAUCUAUCGUUUGUUCAUAUCUAUCUAUCUAUCUAUCUAUCUAUCUAUCUAUCUAUCUAUCUAUCUAUCGUUUAUUCAUAUCUAUCUACUGUUUGUUCAUAUCUGUCUAGGUAUUUAUUGUUUGUUUAUAUCGUUCUGACUAUCUAUCUAUCCUUUGUUCCUAUCUAUCUAUCUGUCGUUUAUUUAUAUCUAUCUGUCUAUCUAUUGUUUGUUCAUAUCUAUCUAUCUAUCUAUCUAUCUUCUUUUUUUUUAAGCAUUUCACCCCAAGCAAGGCGGGAAGCCACUAGGACGCAAGGGCAUCUAUCUAUCUAUCUAUCUAUCUAUCUAUCUAUCUAUCUAUCUAUUGUAUUUAUUGUUUGUUUAUAUCGUUCUGUCUGUCUAUCUAUCUAUCGUUUGUUCAUAUCUAUCUAUCUAUCUGUUGUUUAUUUAUAUCUAUCUAUCAGUCACUCUAUUCUAUAUAUUGUUUGUUCAUAUCUAUCUAGCUAUAUAUUGUUUCUCCAUAUCUAUCUAUCGUUUGCUCAUAUCUAUCUAUCUACCUACCGUUUAUUCAUAUCUAUCUAUUUAUUGUUGUCCAUAACUAUCUAUCUCGUAUAG